GCCAUGGGCAGCAAGAAGAAGGAGAUUGCCCUGCAGGUCAAUAUCAGCACCCAGGAGCUUUGGGAGGAAAUGCUCAGUUCCAAAGGACUAACUGUUGUCGAUGUCUAUCAAGGCUGGUGUGGCCCCUGCAAACCCGUGGUGAGCCUCUUCCAGAAGAUGAGGAUCGAGGUUGGCCUGGACCUUCUGCACUUCGCCCUGGCAGAGGCAGACUGUCUUGAUGUCCUGGAAAAAUACCGCGGGAGGUGUGAGCCGACCUUUCUGUUUUAUGCGGGGGGACAACUGGUGGCUGUGGUUAGAGGAGCAAACGCCCCGCUGUUGCAGAAAACGAUCCUGGACCAGCUGGAGGCUGAGAGGAAGGUGCUGGCUGAAGGCAGAGAACGGAACGUGAUUGAAGAUGAAGCCCUUUCCGGGGAAGAUGAAUGUUUUCCCCACGAAAAGGACGAUGGUGAAGAUGAGGACAUGGUUUCAUCAGAGAAGACUUGUACCUUGGCGAUCAUUAAGCCAGAUGCCGUGGCCCAUGGGAAGACCGAAGAGAUCAUCAUGAAGAUCCAGGAGGCGGGGUUUGACAUUUUAACAAGUGAAGAGAGGACCAUGACAGAGGCAGAAAUGCGACUGUUCUACCAACACAGAGCUGGAGAGGAGGCAUUUGAGAAGCUGGUACAUCACAUGUGCAGUGGACCGAGCCACCUCCUGAUCCUCACCAGGACCGAGGACACCGAGGACGUUUUUGCCGCCUGGCGAACCCUCAUGGGACCCUGUGACCCUAAUGUGGCAAGGAGGGAGCAGCCUGACAGCCUCCGCGCUCAGUACGGCACGGAGAUGCCCUUCAACGCGGUCCACGGAAGCCGGGAUGGCGAGGACGCCGGCCGAGAACUGGCUUUGCUCUUCCCCAGUUUUAAGUUUUCAGACAAAGUUCCGGAAGCCUCCCUGGACCACGAGGAAGAGUGAGCGGUGGGCCCGCCAAGGUGCUUCCCUUCCGAGGAUGGGGACUGAGAUGGUGCGCAGCACGUGACCCAGUGCCGAGGCCAACAAGUGACACGUCAGUGUGUUCGGAUCUUACUCUUUUGAGCACCGACACUUGUUCAGUUUAGUUAUCUUUCACGAAUAACUGCCUUAUUAAACAGUAUACAGAACAUGUACUCUCCUUUUUGGCUACUUCUGGGAUUUUACAA